GCUUUGAGAACUGUGCUAGCAUAAUAACAUCUCGUGUUGUUCUCUUAUAUCUGAUAUAUACUACUUCCUUAGCUUUUCCAUAAACACAAGGAAGAAAAGAGUUCAGGUUUCUUGUUAUGCUUUUGUUUUUCCUCUAGCAUUACUCUCUUUUUUCUGUUAACUUUGACCACAAUUUCAGGAUCCUGUUCUUCCUUUCUUGAUGCUAGAAUCUGUUCCAUUUGUUGCACCGAAGUAUCACCAGUUAAAAAUAUCACUAGUUUUUCUGUAGGGACCCAUGUUGGUAUUUGUUUUGUCUUGGUAUGCUCUUUACUGUUGAGGGAGUAAGUCACUUGUUCUUCCUCCUCCUUUGUCUGUCCUUUUUCUUGUAAUUUAGCUGGAUGUUGUUUCUUUGAAAAAAAAAGUGAAUAUGUCUAUGAAAACCAUAAUGCAAAUUGCGCACUAGAGUUCUAGCCAAGUUUGCUCCUUCUGUUGUUGUGUUUGUUUCAUCAAUUUUGCUCCAUCCAUCUUGAGUUUAUUCUGUGCCUGAUAGGGCUGCUUUGACUCAAUAACCUCAUGAGGAACUUCAAGGCUUUUUGUCAAGCCAUCAUUGCUCUCUUCAUCAUCUUUCUGAGUGCAUGGUGUUAUGGACAAGUAGAACUUGACAUGGCUCCAAUGGAGAAGGCAGAGAGGGAUGCUCUAUACUCCACCAUUCAAGGCUUUGUUGGUAAUUGGUGGAAUGGCUCAGAUCUCUAUCCAGAUCCUUGUGGUUGGACUCCUAUUCAGGGGGUGUCUUGUGAUCUGUUUAAUGGAUUUUGGUAUGUUACUGUCUUGAACAUUGGACCAAUCCACGACAAUUCUCUAAGUUGUGCCAAAAAUUUGGAAUUCAGACCACAGUUGUUUGAGCUGAAGCACCUUAAAGCUCUAUCCCUCUUCAAGUGCUUUGAAUCACAACACAAGCAUCAUCAAGCUACCAUCCCCAAUGCUCACUGGGAAAAGCUUGCUGGCAGCUUAGAAUCACUUGAGUAUAGAUCAAAUAGAGGUCUCAUUGGAAAAAUUCCUUCAAGUUUUGGUGCCCUCAAGAACCUUCAGUCACUAGUAGUAUUAGAAAAUGGUUUAACAGGUGAAAUUCCACCAGACAUUGGUAACCUCAACAAGUUGAAGAGGCUUGUUCUUGCUGGAAACUAUUUUAGUGGACACAUUCCAGAUAUUUUUAGUGCACUAAGUGACUUAUUAAUUCUUGAUUUAAGUAGAAAUUCACUAUCUGGGACUCUACCUUCGACACUUGGAAGCUUAACUUCCCUUUUGAAGCUUGAUGUGAGCCAUAACCAUUUGGAGGGGAAUCUGCUGAAAGAACUUGCUGAUCUUAAGAAUCUGACCCUUAUGGAUCUUAGGAAUAACAGAUUCUCUGGAGGGUUGACAUUGAGUAUUCAAGAUAUGUAUUCUUUAGAGGAAAUGGUUCUGUCCAACAAUGGAAUAGGUGGAGAUAUCAGGACCCUGAAGUGGGAAAACCUUCAUAACUUAGUCAUUUUGGACCUAUCUAACAUGGGGUUGAAAGGGGAAAUUCCUGAGUCUAUGUCAGAAUUAAAGAGGUUGAGGUUUUUAGGCCUUAGUGACAACAACCUCACAGGCAACCUUUCACCAAAACUAUCUACUCUUCCUUGUCUCAAUGCACUAUAUGUUAGUGGCAACAAUUUGGUAGGAGAGCUUAAAUUCUCUAUGGAGUUUUAUGGAAAAAUGGGAACACGUUUUGGGGCCUGGAACAACCCUAGCCUUUGCUACCAUCUUGGAGUAAUGUCAACAAGUCAUGUUCCAUAUGGGGUAAAACCAUGCCAGCAAGAGAUCAAAUUGCUAGAAUCUAAUACAAAUGAUGGGUAUGUGAAGAGGACUUUCCAUUCCCUGGCCUCUUUGAGCCAUGCUCCUAAUGGCUUCUGGUGGAUUUUUCUAGUUCUCUUAAAUUCUUAUUUAGGUCUUUAAUCAAGAGUAGUGAAACUUUGGCUUUAACUUUUUAGUAGGGGUAUUAAUUACAGCAACCUCUAUUGUACUUUUGUAUUUUGUUGUGAUAUAAGUUAACAGUCUUUUUCAAUUUGCUAGUUGGCCUGAUCUUACUUUA